AAGUGUUGUGAAGAGUGUGCAUUUUCCAAGGGCAGCUGUGUGCACAAUGGCACCAUCAAGUACCACAAUGAGAUGUGGAAUGAUACUGACUGUAAGUUCUGUAUCUGUGAUGGAGGACAAGUCGCUUGCUGGAAUGCUGAGUGUGCCAAAGUGGAUUGUGCCCCGAGUGAAGAAUUAUUUCAUUUAGAAGGCAAAUGUUGCCCUGAAUGCAUUUCAAGAGGUGGGCCCUGUAUUUACAAAGAAUAUACCAAAGAUGUAAUUAAACUGUUGAAAGGGAACUCUAAACAGAGCCAGCGUAGUGCGAAUGGUAAAAAGUGGAAGGAAGGCCUGUGCCGUGAAUGCGAAUGUCUGGACUCUAGAGUGAUCUGCUAUUCUCGGUCUUGCCCAACUUGUCCCCUGGGAAGUGUGGCUGUUGCUGUUCAAGAAGAGUGUUGCCCUCAGUGCAAGCCAGGUCAGUGCCAUUCUGAUUGCUUGACCUGCACCCAGGCUUUUGAUCGUUGUGAUGUCUGCCGAGAGUCCCCCAAGUUUCUACAGAACGGGCGCUGCGUUGACAGCUGUGGGCUUGGCUUCUAUCCGGAUGCCGGCCUUUGCUUAGCUUGUAAAGAGAUGUGCUCUACUUGUACUAGUGAAUUUGGAUGUACUUCGUGCCAAGGUUCGCUGCAUUUGAAGGAUGCCCAGUGUGUGACAUCAUGCGGGGAAGGGUUUUUCCCAGGACCUCUCCAGUGCACAGCUUGCCACGAAUCCUGUGCUACGUGCCGGGGUCCGACUGCAAACAACUGUUCCACUUGCACAGACCCAUCUCUCGUGGUCCUGGAAGGCGCCUGCGUGGCUAAUUGCGGGCAGCGGUCCUACGUUACGGAUGGAGUCUGCAGAGCUUGCCAUGAAGGUUGUGAAAUAUGUUACCCAGACCGGCUGAGAUGUUUGGCCUGUGCUUCAGGCCAAGUUCUGCUUGAUGGGAACUGCAUGUCAGAAUGUCCCCAUGGCUACUACGCAGAUAGUUCUCACAAAUGCAGAGUUUGCCACAGUUCCUGCACCAGCUGCACAGGGCCUUUGCCUACGCAGUGCACCUCCUGUUCCUUUCCCCAGGCCUUCUACCAGGGUCAGUGUCUUCUUGCUUGCGGAGAGGGUUUUUAUCAGCACCACAACAUCUGCCAAGGUUGCCAUUCAUCUUGCAGGGCUUGUAUUGGCCCAGAGCGUUCACACUGUACACAGUGCAUGAAUCCAGAGGAGAACCUGCAGCCAGAAGUGAGCCUUGAGGAGAGGUCUGUCGGAACCUGCCUACCUCGGUGCAGAAUCCAGUUCUACAGUAAUGAAGACAGGAUUUGCAAAGCGUGCCACUCCUCCUGCCUUUCUUGCACAGGGAGAUCCCCCAAGAACUGCACGGCUUGCACAUCUCCUCAAGUCCUUUAUGAAGGCCAGUGCAUUGCUGAGUGUCCAGAGGGAUGGUAUCAUCAGGAAACACAUUGCUAUGCCUGCCAUCCCUCUUGCAAGACAUGCAGUGGGGCUGCUGCUGAUGAAUGCACAACUUGUCAUCCCCAUGUCGCUUUCCUCAAUGGAAGAUGCAGAACUCCCUGCCAGAGACAGCAAUAUCUCAAUCUAGUAGGGUAUUGUGCGGAUUGUCAUCCCCUCUGUGAGUUGUGUGUGGCAGAUCUCCAAGACAGAGGAAGCAUCUGCCUAAGGUGCCAUGACAUCCAUCACCUGCUUCUGAAAGACCAUUGCGUGCCAGGCUGCCCUGUGGGAUUUUACCAGCACGAAGGAGCGUGUCAGAAAUGUCACCCUUCCUGUAAAACCUGUAGAGGAGAGGGCCCUUUCUCCUGCACUUCCUGUGCCUCCAGUCUCGUCCUUUCUCACACUGGCUCAUGCCUCUCAGCCUGUUUCCUUGGAUUCUAUCAGGAUGAGAACCUUCACUGCAAACGUUGCAGCAACCCAUGUCUAAGUUGUGAUUCAGGAUCCCACUGUACUUCCUGCAAAGACCCAUCCAAAGUCUUACUGUUUGGAGAGUGCCAGUAUGAUAAAUGUGCACCACAGUAUUUCCUUGAUUUGUCGACCAGGACGUGCAAAGAGUGCGACUGGAGUUGCAACGCUUGCAAUGGUCCCAACCGUACCGAUUGCUUGCAGUGCAUGGAGGGAUAUUUUCUCCAGCAAGGUGCCUGUGUUGAGCAUUGUCCACCGGCAUUUUACAGGGAAUCUGAAACAUGUCAAAGAUGCGAUGAUGACCACUGCCUCCAGUGUGACGGCCCUGGCAAAUGUGUGCGCUGCCAGGCUCCAUUCCUUCUCCUGGAAUCACAGUGUGUCUUGUCUUGUGGAAAGCAGUACUAUGGAGACCACGAAAGGCAGAUAUGCCUAGCUUGCCCCAAGGGAUGCUUGGAGUGUGAUAGUUCCAUCAGAUGCCAAGUUUGUAAUUCUACUACGUUUCUUCAGAAAGGCCUUUGUGUUUCUGACUGCGAGCAUAGCUUCUACAGGAACCCCCCGAGCCGGGAGUGCAAAUCUUCUGGGCCUGCUCCUGGACUUAAGGCAAAAAGCCUACUCUUGGUAGGAAUUGGUGGGAUGAAGCUACUAGAUGGUUCUGUGCUGGAGGUGGAAAACCUAGAGAGUUAUGGAGAAGCCCUCUUGUUCCAUGUGGCAGUCCCUCCAACCAAUGGUAGGCUGGUGGUCCUGGCUGAAGGGAAAGAAAGAGAACUUAGCCAGCAUGACCAUUUCACCUGGGAGGAGAUGAAGGAGCAGCGUGUUUUCUUUCUGCAUGACAAAAUGAAAUCCAGGAAUGGCCAGUUUUUCCUGACGCUCAGCUAUCAGCAGUCUAUAUCUGAGCCAGCAAUAUUCACUGUUCGAGCCCUAUCAAUACAGCCUCCUUAUGUCCUCAGGAAUGAAGUCCUCUUUGUUAGUAAAGGGAAUGCUGGAACCAUCACCAACCUCUUGCUUGAUAUCCAAGAUAGGGAUAAUCCCCAAGAUGUAACAGUGACCAUUUUAGAUCCUCCAAAACAUGGGCAAUUAGUCAAGCUUCCAGGAGAUGGCCCAUUGGCUCUGCAUGCCUUCAGCCUUGAUGAACUUUCCGGAGGAUUCAUGCAUUAUAUUCAUGACGGAUCUAACAGUUUGGAAGACACAGCGGUCCUGCAAGUGAGCGAUGGGUACCACUUUCAGAAUAUACUGUUUUGCAUCAAGAUAGAUCUAAAGGUAAGACCUCUGAACAGUGGGAUUGCCCGCCUGGUUAUCAGCUCCACGGUCUGGGUCCCAGAGGGAGGGAUGCUGCAAAUCACUAACAAAAUUCUGCAAGCUGAGAUGGUCGGGGCCAGUGAUUCUGCAAUCAUCUAUACAAUUAGGGACAAGCCACAAUAUGGUGAAGUGGUGUUUCUGGUUCCCAUGCCUGCAGAUGAUUCUGGGCUAGGAUGGCAGUCUUGGCCCAGUGGAAGUGUGCCCACCCCAACCACCACUUUCACGCAGCAGGACAUCAACGAAGGCAUCAUUUGGUAUAGGCACUCUGGAGCCGAGACAGAGAGCGACUCAUUCCGCUUCCAGGUCUCUGGUGCAGGUUCUCCACAGGCCCAUCUUGAGACCCACCUGUUCAACAUUGCCAUCUUACCACCUAGCCUGGAAUCACCUGUGGCCUCCCCCAGGUCUUCUUUUCACAUGACUGCACUAGAAGAUCGUGUGACACCUAUUCAACCACAUCACCUUUCCUUUGUCAACUCACAAACUCCAAGCGAGGAAAUUAUGUACAGUGUGACAGUACCUUUGCCUCCAAAUCAAGGCAUGGUGGAGCACAGGGACAAACCGUUCUCCCCAGUAGCCUCUUUUACCCAAACAGACAUCGACAAUGGCAAAAUUGUCUACCGCCCGCCUAGUGCUGGAUCACAUAUUAGAGAGUUGAUGGAAUUCUCCUUUGCUGGACUCCCAGAAUCAAUCAACUUUCGUUUUACAGUGUCGGAUGGAGAACAUAUAAGUCCUGAGAUGGUGCUUACCAUCCAUUUGCUUUCCACUGAUGUAGAGCCUCCAUUGUUCCAGAUUACUGCUCCAGUGCUUGAGGUCAGCCAAGGAGGCAGAGCUGCCAUUGGAAUAAAGCUGACGCUCAGCGAUGGGCACAUUGCUCCUGAAGAUCUCUUCUUUGAAGUGGUAGAACCUCCCCACCAUGGAGCUCUUCUCAAACACAGCCCUGGAUUCCCUGUUCACAUGACAACAGGUGAUACCUUCACAUAUGAGGAAAUCACCAGAAACGCCUUGCAUUAUCUCCAUGAUGGUUCAUCCUCAGAAGAAGACAGCAUGGAAAUUUCAGUAACUGAUGGCAGUACCAAAGACACCUUUUUGCUCAACGUGGAAGUAAGCCCAGUGGACAGUGAUGGGCCAAGGAUGGAUCCCAGCUGCUCGCUGAGUAUCACUGUGGCUGGUAAAAACUCCGUGAUCAUCACUCGAUCUCACUUUGCUUAUAUUGAUAACAAUUCCCCAGAUUCUGAGAUAAGAAUCCAGCUGAUUUCUCUUCCCAUGUAUGGCACUCUUAUGAAGAUCGCCUCUGGACAGCAGUCAGAUGAGUUUUCUGAGGUCUAUAAUUUCACAAUGGAAGACAUCAACGAUCAAAGAAUCAGAUAUUUCACCGAGCUUGAAACUGUGGUCAAUCAGCCAGUCACAGAUGUUUUCUACUUCUCUGUGUUUGAUGCUGACAACAACCAGCUUGAUAGUCAGAUGUUCACCAUUACUAUCACAGCGGCCCAAAGCGUACCUCCGGUUGUUACCUUUUCUGACCAAAUUACGGUGGAUGAAGGGGGACAAGUGCCACUCCAGCCUCACCACACCCUUGGCAUUGAUGCUCGCCUUGCUGAAGAAGGCCUGGUUGUAAAAAUCACAAGUCCUCCAAAAUAUGGGUACAUUGAAAACACCAGGACAGGCAGGCGCCUUGGUUUUGGAAACACAGCAAGCUCCGAUUUUUCCUUCUCACUUCAAGAUGUGGUGGAGAACCGUAUUUAUUACUUUCAGAGCGUCCACGAAAGUAUUGAACCAUCAACGGACACCUUUAGCUUUUAUGUCAGUGAUGGCUUCAGCCAAUCCGAAACCAGCAGUGUCAACAUCACUAUUAAGCGCCUGAAUGAUGAGCCACCUCAGAUGCAGCUGGAACCCAUCAGUGUGCACGAAAGCACAGGGAUAGUGAUUCGAAAUUCCUCCUUGAGGCUGAGGGACUUAGACACACCUGAUGAUCAUCUGAUUUUCUUGGUAACCAAGGCACCCAUUCAUGGAUAUCUGUACAAGAGAGAAUCUCAUCUGAAUUCUCUGGAGAACGGACAAGCUCUUUCUGAGGGAUCAACUUUCACCUACCAGGAUGUCCUGGAUGAACUGAUCAUUUACAGAUUGAACAAUUUGCUAGCCCAAACUGACGAGUUCCAGUUUUCACUCUCAGAUGGCCUCCACAUAGAGACAGGGAAAGUGGAAUUUGCUGUAGCCUCGCCAAGGUUGGAUCUCCCCAAAUUAGUCGUGAACAGAGGCCUGCGACUCUCUGCUGGGUCUGUGGCAGUCAUUACAAACCAGCAUUUAAGAGCCACAGAUGCUGACUCAGAUGACUUGUCCAUCCAAUACAUCAUGAAGAAGGACCCAACCUAUGGAGUGUUGCACCUGCAUAAAAGAGAUUCUUUGAUGCAGCUCUCAGUCCGGGGGCCAGCAAAAAGCUUCACACAGGCUGAUAUAAACAAAGGACAGGUGGAAUACAGCCAUGAGAAAGGAGAACCUGUUGGGACAUUUGUUUUUGUUUUUGAUGUGGCAGAUGGAGAGGGAAACAAAAUGGUAGACUUGGAAUUUUCAAUUAAUAUAACAGAGGAUCGACUGCCUCUGUCCAUCACUGUCAACGCUGGGCUAACCCUGGAUGAAAACUCUGUGAAAAAAAUCACCACCUUUGAGUUGUCAGCCGAGGAGCAGGGUGGUGAAUCCAGCAAUCUCCUAUACAGGAUUAUUAAACAGCCCCAGUUGGGACACUUGGAGCACACUGCAUUACCAGGCAGAAGGAUUAGCUCCUUCCAACAAGCAGACCUUAUCUCCCACAGCAUCUACUACAUCCAUACAAGUGAGGCUGAAGAACAUGCUGAUAUGUUCACUUUCACCGUUUCAGAUGGCUUACAGGAGGUGACCCAGAAUUUUGAAAUCACUAUUAACCCGAUUGAUGAUUCUUUGCCUGUUGUGCAGACUAUUGGCAUGACUGUGCAGGAAGGUGUGAGGAAAACCAUCACAGAAUUUGAGCUCAAAGCCACCGAUGCGGACACAGAGGCCAAGUCUGUUACCUUUAGCAUUGUGCAGCCCCCACGCCAUGGCCAGAUUGAGCACACCAAUGACGGGCAUCAUUACCGACAGACCCAUGCCUUCACCAUGGAGGAUAUAUUCCAGAACCGAAUCAGUUACAGUCAUGACGGAAGCAAUUUUUUAGAAGACCGUUUCACCUUUAUGGUGUCUGAUGGAACCAAUCUCUUUUUUGUGGUGGCAAAGGAUGGGAAAGAGAUUGUGACUGCUGUGCCCCAGCGGUUUACAGUAGAAGUUCUUCCUGUGGAUGAUGGGACUCCAAGGAUAGUCACUAACUUGGGUCUUCAGUGGCUGGAAUAUAUGAAUGGCAAGCCCAAAAAUCUCAUCACUAAAAAGGAGCUCUUGACUAUGGACCCUGAUACAGAAGACAGUCACCUGAUCUAUGAAAUAACAACAGGGCCCAAACAUGGUUAUGUGGAGAAGAAAUUGCAGCCAGGAAGGAUGGUGACUACCUUUACACAAGAGGAUGUGAAUUUGGGAUUGAUCCAGUAUGUGCUGCAUGAAGAGAACAUUCAAAAGACAGAAGAUAGUUUUCAGUUUCUGGUGAAAGACAGCAAACCCAGCAUUGUCACUGACAAUAUUUUCCAUAUUCAGUGGUCUCUUAUCUGCUUUCAACAUAUGAGCUACAACAUCAGUGAAAAGGCCGGUUCCAUAAGCAUCACUGUGAAGAGGAUAGGAAACCUCAAACAAUAUGCUAUUGUUCUGUGCCAUACAGAACAGGGAACAGCCACCUCUGGUUCAAGUUCUCAGCCAGGGGAACAGGAUUACCUUGAAUAUGCUGGCCAGGUGCAGUUUGAUGAAUGGGAAGACUUCAAAACCUGCACCAUUGUUAUCAAUGAUGAUGAUAUCUUUGAGGGUGUAGAGAGCUUCACUGUCGAGCUGAGCAUGCCAGCAUAUGCCUUGCUGGGGAACAUCACUGAAACCAAAGUCUUCAUUAGCGAUGUAGAAGAUGAGCCCACCCUGCAGUUUGACAAGAAAGUCUACCACAUCAGUGAGAGUGCUGGCAUCCUCUCCGUCCCCAUUGAAAGGAAAGGAGAUUCCGGCAGCGUUGUCUCUGCCAUAUGCUACACUGUCUCCCGCAGUGCCAAAGGCAGCAGCAUGUAUGCCCUGGAGUCCGGCUCAGACUUUAAGUCGAGGGGCAUGUCCAACGAGAACCGGGUCGUGUUGGGGCCUGGGGUCACAAUGACAGCUUGCGACGUGAAGCUGGUCGACGACAGCGAGUAUGAAGAGGAGGAGGAAUUUGAAAUUGCUCUCACUGAUGCAUCUGAGAACGCGCGCAUUGGAAGCACAGCUUCGGCUAAAGUUAUAAUCAGUGGUCCAAAUGAUGCUUCUACUGUGUCACUCGGAAGUGCAGCUUUUAGUGUUAGCGAGGAUGCAGGUAUUAUCGAAAUCCCAAUUACUAGGCACGGGUCUGAUCUCUCCAUUCCUACCUCUGUCUGGUGUGCCACUCGGACAUCAGAUCCGCCAUCUGCUACUCCAGGAUUUGAUUACAUUCCCAGCUCCAAGAAGGUUGAAUUUCGUCCAGGAAGAACUGAGGAGUACUGUACCUUGACUAUUCUGGAUGAUGCACAGUCCCCAGCGAUUGAAGGGGUAGAGACCUUUGUGGUCUAUUUGAGUUCGCCCCAAGGAGCAGAGCUGGCCAAACCUUUCCAAGCAGUGGUGGCCAUUAAUGACACCUUCCAGGAUGUACCAAACAUGAAGUUCAGUAAAGAUGUGUACUCUGUGAAAGAGAAGGACCAUGUCCUGCACGUUCCUGUUAUCCGUACCGGAGACUUAAGCUACGAAUCUUCAGUCAGAUGCCAUACACAAAGUCAGACAGCAAGAGUCAUGGAGGACUUUGAGGAAAGGAGAAAUGCUGAGGAAUCACGGCUCACAUUUUUGAAAGGGGAAAAGGUAAAGAACUGCACUAUCAUUAUUAAUGAUGACUCUGCCUUUGAACCGGAGGAGAAAUUCUGGAUAUAUCUGAGUGAACCCCAAGGAAACCACUGGAGUGGGGCUACAGUUGGAAAAAGUAAUAUGGCUACUGUAGUAAUCUCCAACGAUGAAGAUGCUCCCACCAUUGAGUUUGAAGAUGCUGCGUACCAAGUCCGUGAACCUCCUGGACCAGAAGACAUUGGUUUCUUAAAUGUCAAGGUGAUCCGGAGAGGAGAUCAAAACAGGACCUCAAAAGUUCGCUGCAGCACCCGUGAUGGUUCAGCUCAGUCUGGAAUUGAUUAUUAUCCAAAGAGUCGAGUCCUCAAGUUUAGCCCGGGUGUGGACCACGUUUUCUUUAAGGUGGAGAUCAUGUCCAAUGAAGACCGGGAGUGGCACGAAUCCUUUUCUCUGGUCUUGGGUCCAGAUGAUCCCAUUGAAGCUGUUUUGGGGGACCUCACGACCACAAUAGUUACCAUUUUGGAUCAGGAAGCAGCUGGAAGCCUCAUUUUACCAGCCCCUCCUGUUGUGGUUACGCUGUCUGAGUAUGACCACGUUGAAGAAGAAACCAAAACAGGUGCUAAGAAGUCGCCAUCCCCAGGCUACCCUCUGGUCUGCAUUACCCCUUGCGAUUCUCACUUCCCCAAGUACUCAGUUAUGAAGGAGCGCUGCAACGAGGCUGGGAUCAACCAGUCCUCCAUACAGUUCAGCUGGGAAGUGGCUACUCCCACUGAUGGAAACGGAGCCAGAUCCCCUUUCGAAACAAUUACUGACAACACCCCAUUCACCAGCGUCAAUCACAUGGUGCUGGACAGCAUUUACUUCAGCCGGCGAUUCCACAUCCGCUGCGUGACCAAAGCUGUGGAUAAAGUCGGCCACGUGGGCACUCCCCUACGGAGUAAUAUAGUCACCAUUGGGACAGACAGUGCCAUCUGCCAUACCCCUGUGGUGGCUGGUACCGUGCGAGGAUUCCAGGCUCAGUCUUUCAUCGCCACUCUGAAGUAUCUGGAUGUAAAGCAUAAGGAACACCCCAACAGAAUCCACAUCUCGGUGCAAAUUCCACACCAGGAUGGGAUGCUUCCCCUGAUUUCAACCAGACCUCUGCACAACCUGCAUUUUCUAUUGUCAGAAUCCAUUUACAGGCACCAACAUGUCUGUUCCAAUAUAGUCAGCCUCCGAGACCUUAAAGGCAUCUCAGAAGCUGGAUUUCUAGAUGAAGUGACCUAUAAUAAUAUCAUUCUGGGCCCUGGAUAUGACCGGCCAUAUCAGUUUGAUCCCAGCGUGAGAGAACCAAAGACAAUCCAGUUUUACAAACAUUUGAACCUGAAGAGCUGCAUUUGGACGUUUGACGCAUACUAUGACAUGACAGAGUUAAUUGAUGUCUGUGGGGGAUCGGUCACUGCAGACUUCCAGGUUCGAGAUUCAGCUCAGUCAUUCUUGACCGUCCAUGUCCCACUCUAUGUCUCCUACGUUUAUGUAACUGCACCCAGAGGAUGGGCCUCCCUUGAGCACCACACAGAGAUGGAGUUUUCCUUCUUCUAUGACACCGUUCUCUGGAGAACAGGUAUACAGACAGACAGUGUCCUUUCAGCCAAACUGCAGAUAAUCAGGAUCUAUAUCCGAGAUGAUGGUCGGCUGGUCAUUGAGUUCAAAACUCACGCCAAGUUCAGAGGGCACUUUGUGAUGGAACACCACACUCUGCCAAAUGCUAAGUCUUUUAUCAUGACUCCUGACCACCUGGGAGGGAUUGAAUUUGACCUACAGCUCUUAUGGAGUGGACAGACUUUUGACUCUCCUUAUCAACUCUGGAGAGCAACCAGCUCCUACAGCAGGAAAGAUUAUUCCGGAGAAUACACCAUCUCCUUAAUACCAUGUACAGUCCAACCCACACAGUCUUGGGUUGAUCCAGGAGAUAAGCCAUUACCCUGCACCGCUCACGCUCCAGAAAAGUUUUUGAUCCCGAUUGCCUUUCAGCAGACUAACCGGCCAGUUCCUGUCGUGUACUCCCUGAACACAGAGUUUCAGCUCUGCAAUAAUGAGAAAGUAUUUCUCAUGGACCCAACUAAAUCUGAAAUGUCAAUGGCCGAGAUGGACUACAAGGGAGCUUUUUCCAAGGGUCAAACCUUGUAUGGCCGGGUGAUGUGGAACCCAGAGCAAAACCUCAAUUCUGCCUACAAAUUGCAGCUGGAGAAAGUGUAUCUGUGCACGGGGAAGGAUGGCUACGUCCCGUUCUUUGAUCCGACUGGCACAAUAUAUAACGAGGGACCCCAGUAUGGCUGCAUUCAGCCUAGCAAGCACCUGAAGCACAGAUUCCUGCUGCUGGAUCGGAAUCAACCAGAAGUGACUGACAAAUAUUUCCACGACGUCCCUUUUGAUGCCUGUUUUGCAUCUGAGUUGCCAGAUUUCCACCUGGUCAGUAGCAUGCCUGGAGUGGAUGGUUUCAUCAUGAAGGUGGACGCCCUCUAUAAGGUGGAAGCUGGACACCAGUGGUAUCUUCAAGUGAUCUAUGUCAUUGGUCCUGAAACGAUUGGGGGGCCCCGGAUGCCACGCUCUGUUAUACAUCGGCUGAAGCGCAGCCGCCGGGACCUUGUAGAUCACAAGGGUGUCCCUGUUCUGGAUGACUCCUUGAUCUAUGACAAUGAAGGAGAUCAAAUCAAGAAUGGAACUAACAUGAAGUUUCUCAGCUUGGAGCAACAAGAGGCCAUAACUGUUGCCUCCCUUUCACAAACAGGGGCUUCCAUUGGCAGUGGCUUUGCAGCAAUCCUGCUUCUCUUCCUUAUACUCUUGUCCAUCUGCUUUGUAACCAGGAAGUGUCGGAAGCAUAGGAAGAAGAAGAAAGCAGCCAAAGAGGUGGCAGAGCAAUACCCUCUCAACACUAAAGCUGAGGCAGCCAAGGGCUAUGCUGAGAGGAUGGAGAAGAAUGUCAGUGGACAUUACUGCACAGUGAAGAACCUCAACCUUCUCUGUGAAAAUGAAGGCACCUACAAGGUCAGAGGGACAAAGAUCAAGCAAAUGAACUUGGAGGUGAAAGUUCAUAACAAUUUACAUGAUGGGACAGAAGUUUAAUGGCCUGCACAUUUGGGGGAGGGGGAGAAAUGUCUUUAUAUAAAUUGCAAAAAAAGGGGGGAGAAACCUUCUAUAAUUUUUUCUAAAAAAACCCCAUCCUCGUAUUUUUAUAGUCGUCUUGUGGGAAAAGGGAAGAACAAAAUCUUUGCAUUUUGUUUGCUUAAGCAAUGAUCAAGCAAGGUAUCUUUGCAUGCUUCCACUCUACAAUGGAGCUACCUCACUGAAAGCAAGAUCCCCCGAGGAGAGGAAGGACUGAAAUGCAUCUCAUAAGCCACCUUGGACUGCCACUCCACAUACCUCCAAUCUCGCUAUGGUUCCCAGACCUCUUCUGUUGUUGGCUUGUUGAAUUCUCAGUGCAGAACUGGUUGAAUAAAAACAAAGAUGCCUUUCAUGUGUCUCCUUUGGAGGUAGAAGAAGCACAGUACAGAAAUUGUGUGUGGGACAGCAAGCUGCCCCUGGAUUUCCCCUAUUCAGUUGACUGAUGAAGGAUUUGCAGUUCCAACGAUGCAUUUGUUAGACCAUUUGUACUAACUUACUUCUGUUGGUACAUUUUCACACCAGUUCCACCAGCACUUGAAUGAAAGUGAAGCCUGUUGCUGUACAGAUGGAAGGACGAAAUAAUUGCUUCUCUUUGAAAUACAAAUGCCUUGAGGACAAUGGAGUCUCUCUCAGAUUCAUGUAAUUUGGGUGAACCAAUAGAUCCAUAUAAGCAGUUGUUGAAACAAUACCAACACUGGGUUCUUGGUGUUCUCCAAGCUUGGUUGUUUUCCUGCAGAUGUUUCACUACCAGGCUAGGUAACAUCAUUAGUGCAAC